AGAUGUAGCAACAAUAGCAAAAGGAGAAAUUUGUUGUGAAAAUGGACGGUGAUGCGAACAUAUGAUUCUGUCAGCUGAUUGGAAGACGUCAAACCAGACAACAAAGCCAUGCGCUUUAAUGUUUUGGUAGUACAGUUUUACAUUUGAUGUGUCUAAAGUACGUUGUGUUCCUGGUGACUUCUUAAUUAGCAAAACACAAGACUAUGCCUUUCAUAUCAAAAGAUUGGCGUUCACCAGGAGAAGAAUGGGUAAAAACAGAAGAAGGUUGGGAAAAGAAGAAGAUCCUAGAAUGUGGUCGUCAAGGGAUACAGCAAGAGAACAUGGAUACGACGACUACGAGAUGCAGUUCUCUUGGCAGCUUCAGUACAGAGCAAAUCAGCUUCAGUGGCAGAUGGUUAAUAUUCCAUGAUAUCCAGAACCGAUGUAUUUCCACCAACGUGCAAUGUAGCAUCCGUAGCGUUCAUGCCAAAAUAACAGAAAGAAAGCACGUGAAACAUGCGUGUUCUCCUCGCAGCAUGAUACAAAGCAGAGCGACGGGACAUAUGAACAGGCUUGAUGAGGAAGACAGAGAGAACUUGAUGUCGGACAACCUGGGAUUGCAAGCGUUCCACAGCAAGAAAACAGGCGCAGAUGGUGCAGUGCAGCCACAUUGUCACAUCACUAUCAAGUGUACACGAGAGAUUGCAGGGUUCAAUGGCUUAAGUGAUGCGUUUAAGCGCCUUGACUUCCGAAGUGCUGUGCAUGAUGUACGUCGAUUUAACUACAUCUGCAAGCUGCUAGAUCUCCUUAUCACACAGAAGCUGACAAUGCUGUCAGGAUGUGCUCAGAAAGUGCUCUUCAACAUGCUGGAGGAAGUUGCAUACCAAGUGUCAGCUAGUCAGCAGAACAUUCACAUGUUGAACAAGCUACUUCACCAGCUGCGUGUCAUGGUCGACUGUGCCUGUUGGGGUCGUCCUUUAGGCAGCACCCUUCUAUGGGAGCAGCAUCUACGCACUAUCAAUCGCAUACUGUCCAUAGCAAAUCACAUACAGAUUAGAGAGCCAGGAGAUGAUGUGUUCCCAAAGCUUCAGAACCUACCUGAAGAGUGUGUGCGUGAGGUUCUGCUCCGCCUUGCUGAUCACAAGGAUCUUGAGAGCAGUGGGAAGGCAUACAGUGUGAUGCGACAUCUUGUUGAUGAACAGCGCAUUUGGCGGGAGCUGUGCCGCUUCCACUUCACACCUCAGCAGAUUGACUUUGUGCUACAGUCCUGCUCACCACAGAUAGACUGGCAGCGUAUCUACCACAAACUGCGCAAGUCAUUUGGUCUGCGUGAAGAAUAUGCAGAGAUGAUCCAACUAUGCCGCAACUGUCGCUGCCUAUUUUGGAAAUCCAUUGGACACCCUUGCAUUGCAGAUCAAGAUCCAGAGUUCCAGGAGAAGCUGGAAAAUGUGGACAAGAGCUCGCUGCAUGUGCCCAUACCGCCACAAGCCUUCCUAAAGUUCUUCUCUCUGUGACAGGUAUUUUUAUGUUGUACACCAUUAUGUGCUCUUUCUGGCAAUAUGCUAGAAUACUUUUGUUAAAGAGGUUGUAAGGUAUUUUAUGUCACAGAUGUUGACAUAGAGAAGAACAUCUAAUGAAGGUAAAUGGUUAUUUGGGAGAAGCAAAAGUAUUUAUUCAACAGAAUUUGUUGUAUGCGACUUCACCAUUCUUAAUAGCUACACAGUUCAGUGCUCUUAUGUUGAAGGUUACAGCUGGCCUUUGUUUGAAUACAAGUGUAAGAAAAGGUUACUGCUUUAUAUCUUUUACCAUGUUAAAGGAAGGGGUUUAUACUCUCUGUGACAGAAAAUUUUGCAGCAGGCAUUUUUUCCCCAUAUUUGUUUCUUUUUUCCCCUUUUUAUCCCCUGCUCUUUGUUUGUUUGUCUACUUUUCUUACCUUUAAUCCUGAUUUCUUGCAUGCCCUGUUUAUUUUUAAGGACCUGUGCCUUUCUUUGUUGGUUUAUUUACAGAGGCCAAACUUAUGAAAUGUCAAAGUCUGCUAAUAAGGACUACCUUUUUUUUAAUGGACCCCCAAAGUUGGGACCUAAUCCUUCCACCUGAGAAAUGAGCCAGAACCAGUGUCUGAAAUGUAUGUCUUGUUUGAUUAUUCAGCGGACAGUAUCCUGAUAGUUAUUAUGAUCAACACAGUUGGCUUCUUUACAUUCUUAACUCUGGAAUCACAAACUUAUGAACAGCUCUUGCCUCUUUUUCCAUUUCCUGUGAUGAUAUGAUAAACAGGUCAUUUCUGUGAUGCCUGUGAUGAAGUUUCAGGUACAGGUGGAUUCCAGGAUCCACUGAGAAACUAGUAACUUCCCAUCUUUUACCUAGAACUCUAAAGAUUAAAAUGUAACAAACUAUAAUUUUUACUUAUUGUCUUGUAUGGAUGUGAAAUUUGAUCUGUCUCAUUGAGGGAAGAACGUAGAUUGAGGCUGUGUGAGAACAGUGCUGAGGAAAAUAUUUGAAUUUAAGAGGGAGGAAGUGAGAGGAGGCAGGAGAAAAUUGCAUAAUGUGGAGCUUCUUAAUGUGUAUGCUUUACCAAAUAAAGGAAGAUGAGAUGAACAGGGUAAAUAGUACUUAUUGGUUAGAAAGCCUCAAGAGAAAAGACCACUUGGGAGACCAAGGUAUAGAUGGGAUGAUAAUAUUACAAAAUAUAUUGAAAACAGGGUGGGAUUAUGUGGAUAGGAUACAUCUGAUUCAGGAUAGGGACAGGUAGCAAGCUGUCAUGCAUAUUGUAAUGAACCUUUGAAUUUCACAAAACACAGGGAAUUCUCAACUAGCUGAGCAACUGUUAGCUUCUCAAGAGAGGCCCUGUUCCAUGGUGUUUGCUAAUUAGUCUGUAAGGUAUGUUGAUGCAUUUUUAGGAAUGUACUCCAUUUUAUGUUUGAUAGGUACUUAUUUACAUAAUUUUUUUGUGUGAAUGAGAGUGGAACACCCGCUAAGUGUCUCUUUCUUUGGUUAUUGCACAGAAAUAAACUGAGGUUUUAUGCACUUCAGAUUUUCUGUUUAUGAAACAAAUAAACAAAGUGAGCCAUUGCAACAACAUUGUGAAGGAAACUGAGAAUGCUACUACUGAUUAAAUCAUUAUGACAUUUUUACCAAUUACAAAUCAUAUGAUGAAGACAGUGAAUGCCAUGAAUUGUCAGAUGUUUUGUGGACUAGAUUUGAUCAUGUUUAUUAAAAUUAUGAGACUGUAAGAAAACCUUAUUAUCUAGGGCAGCAACUCCCAAUUUGGGUGUCAUAGACGUUUCCAAAGUUAUAUUUGUUCCCCUUGUAUAUUUAUAUCCAUGUGUCUCAGAAAUCUGAAAUUCUGAAUAUAGAUGUCAGGACUUACAAAAAGCUGGGAACCAUUGCCAGUCAUUAUGAAAUCAUAUGCAUCAAUGGUUAAAAACUAUGUUUCUGUUUCCUGGUUAAGUGGGUGACACGUGAUAUGUGUUGCAGGUAAUGUGGAUCAGUCAUUAUCUUAAGGUUAGUGCAUAUGUUCAAUUGUGUACAUGUGAAGACUUCUUUCUGUGAAGCAUUUUACUUACAUAAGGAUAUGCUGUUGGCUUUUAACUUUAACAAAAAAACUUACUGGUUAGGUUGAGUGUCAUCUGUGUUGUGCUAGUCAGUUAGUAAAGUUGGCAGCUCUUUUUUAUGUUAAUUUAUUGUGUUUUUGAACCCAGGAGAUAUGAAGCACAACAUGUACAGUUAUGAGUGAAACAAAUGAAUCAUCAUACGUAAUUUGCUAUUGUAAUUUAAAAAUUUUGUUUGCUGUUACUAUAUUGACUUUUCUAUAAAUAGAAACUUUGUCCUUUACAUGGUAUGAAUGAAAUAAAUGAACCAUCAUAUGUGAUUUUAUAUUGUGAUUUAAGAAUUUUGUUUGCUGUUACUGUACUGUUUUUAUAUAAAUAGAAGCUUUGCCCUUUA